CGCGCGUGCUCAGUGGGGCGGCGGAGGCGGCGCCGCUUCUUCUGCCCGGAGGAGCUGCUUCUGCCUCCUCGGCGGCCGCGGGCAAGUUCCUUCCUGUGCGCGAGGAGCGGGCGGCGGCGAGGAUGGAGGCGAGCGGCGGAGGAGGCGGCUGCUGCUGCUGCCGCGGGUGGCUGGCUCCCCUCCCUGGUUCGCCAUUGCCCAGGCAGAAUGAUCUUAUGCUCCAGUUUAACAUGACCACCAUUACACCAGAGCUUAUACCGUACUUGCGUAGCUAAUUGGCAUCCUGUGCUUCUCAACAGAACAUCAAAAGCACGAUCCCAGCUUUGUUGCGGAAUUGCUCAAGACCAAAAGUUAGUGAAAAGAAAUCUUUCUACAUAACAGACAACUUCACAACGUGAUCGGCUGUAUCAAAUCAAAGAUCUCUAUAUAACCAUUUGUUGAUGCAUCAUUUAAACUUCUCUGGGAUCUGAAGCAAUCAUCAGAACAAUAUUUUUGAAACAGCAUGACUAACUGUAAAGGAAGAUCUGUCAGCAAGAAAACAAAUGAUAAAGCCUAUCAUGGAGAAAGUUUUGUAAAUUGGACUAUAAAUCUAAAUACAAUUCAGUCUGACAAGUUCUUGAACCUGCUGUUAAGUAUGGUUCCAAUUGUUUAUCACAAAAACCAGGAAGAAAGACAUAAGAAAGUGAAUGGUCUCUGGCAAGAUGGAUUACAGCCAUCAGGGCAUGGUUUCAGUGUUAGGACUGACCAGCACAUGGAUUAUCAUCAUUUCUCAGAAUCAACUUUUCAUAAUGGUGGCAAUGGACAUAAUUCAUCGAGCUGUAGCCCAAAGUAUGAUAACUUCGCGGGAUAUAAUUAUUCAGACAGAAUGGACAUGUCGGAAACAGAUAUUAUGCUGCAGGACAACAACGUAUCUAGUGACGGUGAAGAAGAUACCAUUGUGGAAGGCAGCAAAAAACAGCCAAAGGAAUCUAGUAGCAUUAUGGCAUUACAGAUACUUGUACCAUUUUUGCUAGCAGGCUUUGGAACAGUAUCUGCUGGGAUGGUUCUGGACAUUGUCCAGCAUUGGGAAGUGUUCAAAAACAUUACUGAAGUUUUCAUUUUGGUUCCUGCACUACUUGGCUUGAAAGGGAAUUUGGAAAUGACUUUGGCAUCCCGGCUGUCAACAGCUGUAAACGUUGGAAAAAUGGAUUCACCCAUUGAGAAGUGGAAUUUAAUAAUUGGUAAUUUGGCCUUAAAACAGGUGCAAGCAACUGUGGUUGGCUUCUUGGCAGCCGUGGCAGCUGUGAUAUUGGGCUGGAUUCCUGAAGGCAAAUACCGCCUUGAUCACUCAGUCCUCUUGUGUUCUAGCAGUGUAGCAACAGCCUUCAUAGCAUCGCUUUUACAGGGAAUAAUAAUGGUUGGAGUUAUCGUUGGGUCAAAGAAGACUGGCAUAAAUCCUGACAAUGUUGCAACACCCAUUGCAGCGAGCUUUGGAGACCUUAUCACUCUUGCCAUACUUGCUUGGAUAAGUCAGGGUCUUUAUGAUUGCCUUGAGAAAUAUUAUUAUAUAUCUCCUUUAGCUGGUGCCUUUUUCUUGGCUCUGACUCCUAUGUGGAUUGUAAUUGCUGCUAAACACCCAGCUACAAGAACUGUCCUCUAUUCAGGGUGGGAGCCCGUUAUAACUGCUAUGGUCAUAAGCAGUAUUGGUGGCCUUAUUCUGGACACAACUGUAUCUGAUCCUAAUUUGGUUGGGAUUGUUGUUUAUACUCCAGUAAUCAAUGGUAUUGGUGGUAAUCUAGUGGCAAUUCAAGCAAGCAGAAUUUCUACAUAUUUACAUUUACAUAGUGUUCCUGGAGAAUUACCAGAAGAAGCCAAGGGUUGCUAUUAUCCAUGCCGGACAUAUUGUGGUACAGGAGUAAAUAAUAAAUCAGCCCAGGUUCUUCUACUCUUGGUGAUUCCUGGGCAUUUAAUUUUCUUAUAUACUAUUCAUUUAAUGAAGAGUGGUCACACAUCCUUGACUCCAAUCUUCAUAGUGGUAUAUUUGUUCACAGCCCUUUUACAGGUGUUUACAUUGCUAUGGAUUGCUGACUGGAUGGUUCACCACUUCUGGAAAAAAGGAAAAGAUCCGGACAGUUUUUCUAUCCCUUACCUUACUGCUCUUGGUGAUCUUCUUGGAACUGCCUUACUUGCCAUGAGUUUUCACUUUCUGUGGCUCAUUGGUGAUAGAGAUGGAGAUGUAGGAGACUAAUAAUGCAGACAAGCACACAGCUGAUCCCAUUAGAUGAAGAUGACAAACAGGAGACAACCACUUGGCUUACCAUUUCAUCCGAAGAGGACUUCAAAACAGUGGUUGAAUUCGGAUAUUAUGGUAACUUAAAGGUGGCACUGAUAUCAAAUCGCCUUAAUUUUAAAAGGGGGGGGGAUACGUGGAAGUGUGAAAAUAGGCUUUAAAUAUUUUUUACACUGCAGGGGAGUGUGGCUGUUUCUUGCUGGCCACAGAAAGAGAAAGGCCAGCCAGUAUUGUACCAAGAAACAAAGUCCAGAAAUGUAGUUUAUGGUCAAUUAGUAGCAGAAAGAUGUGACUUAACCACUGAUGUGUCUCUUCAUCACAAAUUUACUUUUCAGUGAACAGCCUGACUGCAUUUCAACUUAUAAUGGGUUCACAGUUAUAGUUAAAUCUUCUGGAAUCAGACACCAUUUGCUAAAUAAGUAAAACAGAUGAUUUGUGCAUGUAAUAAAGAAAAGUUCGAGCAGGACAUUCUACAGGGUAUUUGACGCUCCUUUUUAGUCGCAGGUGAGACAGAAUAAAGCAGCUUCUAUUCCAAAAACUUGUUUAAUCAGCUGAAAGUGGGAAAGAAGUUUCUAACAGAGAUAACUCAGUACUAUCAUGCAUGGACGUUAAUGUUGUAUUAAUGAUUGUAUUUUAAAAGGUUCAAUGGCACAGUUUUAAAAUGUUCAGUUUUGUCUUUUGCGGUUUAUUGUAAAGUAUUGGAAAUUAAGAAGAAAAAAGUGGGGCUUUUGAUCUGUAAUUAUGGGGGAACGGCAAUAUGGAUCCUGAAGAGAGAGAAUUGGUGAAAGGGUGUGUUUUUUUAAUUUAAGAAAUAGUCGAAGAGAAAGAAACCGUGGACAUAUUCAGCCAAGUAGUUCUGCCACACAAUUCCAUCCAGCAAGUGGCAGCUGGAAUUUUAGUCUGCAGUCCUGUUUGCUCUUACUUUUGGGGGGUAAACCCUACGGUACUCAGUGGGACUUGCUUCUGAGUAAAAAUGUGUGAGACUGCUCAGGGCUUUUUUCCAAAUGAUCAUUGGAUAGAGCAAUCCUAUGGAGGCAAGGGAGGGAAAAUCUCUGGCAGGUCUAUUCUUUAAGAAGUUUCUAGCCUUUAAGAAGAGCUAGUCUUUAAGAAUCUCUGGCAGAUAUGGUCUCUGAAAUUUCUGCUGGAUUUAUACCAGCAAGGACAGGAGGUCAGAGAGAAAAUAAGCCAGUUCCAGAGCUGGUGUAUUUUCACUCCAUUGUUGGUGGGGUGAGUAAUGUCAGGAGAUAGAAGGAAUUUGGAUCCCAGAGAUCCCAGAUCCAUCCCUAACAUGUCCCAUCCCUCCCUGCCCCUCUCAGAGCACCAGCUGUGGAGGUUUCUACAUCUGCAAUGAGGAAGCCUCUCAGGAUGGUCCUCCUCUGCUCAGGUCUGCAAUGUCCUAUAGUUCCUGGAAUAACCUUGCAGGGAUAAUAGGUUCGUAGCCUUACUGCAAAAAUGAUUGGGGUUGCAUUCUGGAGGAUUCAGGCAUCUUUCAAAUCAGAACAGUGCUAUUCUAAAGAAAUAGAUUUCCCCAGCACUCAAACUGGGGGAAUUUCAUAACUGAUAAUGAAAUAAAGCAGAAUAGUUUGGUCUGAGAAAAUGAAAUGUCAUUGCCCACGCCCGGUAUGUCAGUUGUGUGAUACAAUUAGUGCUUUGUAGAAUGUGAUUGUGUGAGUAUCACAGGUACCUGUUAACUAGUGCCUGUGGCACACUGAUAAAGAAAUGAAUAGCUCCCAUCGUGUCUGCACCAUUUCAGGUUUUGUGUUUCAAAAUAUCUGUAAAAAAACAACAACACAUUUUCCCAUUGUAGUACGGGAACUUUCAGGCAGGUUGCAGUCCUGAAAUUCAUUUGUGUAAUGCAGCUCUGCAGCAUUAUAUGUUAUAUCCCCAACUUUACAGGCCUUAUCGCUAUUUAUGUAAUUGGAAUGUGGGGGUUUGGUGGGAAGAUUACCCAGAUUACCCACAAAGGCAGCUUUGUGUGCUGCCUUGGGUGUUCUAUAAACGAAGCAAAUAACUUUUUAAACCAUGGCAAUGCAACCGCUCCCCCCUCCACAAACCACAAAUGUGGCCACACAAGUUUAAUUGUAAUGAAUGGGCAUUUUGCACUUCCCAUUAGUAUCAAUGGAAUUUGCACAAGGUGGAUCCCUUUUCAGAUAUCCAAGUUACAUCCAGUUGAUUUAUUUCAAAUGUGGAUAUGCAAAUUAGGCAGUGAAAGUUAUGUACGAGACCUCAGUUUUCACAUGCUGACUUUUAUUGAUAUAGCCAAAAAAAACUUCAUAGGCCUAGUUGCUCGCUGAGUACCCUCAUCUUCAAAGAAGUUCAAGAUGCUGGCAGCUGUUUGGCUUUCUAAUUGAAACCUUACAUGAAUAACUUUCCCCACACAUUAAAAGCAUUAAAAGCUUUUGCAUAAUUAUGACCGGACUGCUUUGCUGCUGGAAUUGCAAGGCUAGCACAUAAAAUAAUAUUUCAGAAUUGUGAAGGAAAAUUGGACUGUCCUCUAGGUUCCCUUGUUCCCCUUAGUCUGUAUUAGCAUUAAUCAGAAUGGUACAUUGUCUGUAGUACUGUAGAUAGCACUCCUAUUCAUUUUGUUUUAAAAAGCAGUUGGAGAUAACUCAGAAUCCUUUUAUUUGGGGAUAUAGAUCUAGAAGCAAUUAAGCUUAAUUCUGGUUGAGCUACCUUUAUGUGGAAUUAUGGUCUGAUGAAAAAUAUUUUAAUGUUUGAAGAGGCUAUGGAAUUUUAAAGUUUUUGGAACCAAACCCACAUAGCUUCUGAGAAAAAUACAAAUAAAAUUUAUUCUGUUUUUAAUAUAUCACUA